UCAGCACUCCACCAAAGCCUCUGCCUCAGCCUUACUGUGAGUCUGGUUGACAACAGCUUCUAAGAUGUCUCAGCAACACACACUGCCAGAGACCCUCUCCCCUGCCCUCAGUCAGGAGCUCCUCAAGACUGUUCCUCCUCCAGUCAAUACCCAGCAGGAGCAAAUGAAGCAGCCAACUCCCCUGCCUCCCCCAUGCCAGAAGGUGUCUGUCCAGCUCCCAGUGGAGGUCCCAUCAAAGCAAGAGGAAAAGCACGUGACUAUUGUAAAGGGAGUGCCUGAGCAAGAAUGUGAGCAGCUGCAGCAGGAGCCACAGAAGCAGGAGCUGCAGCAACAGCACUGGGAACAGCAUGAGGAACAUCAGAAAGCAGAAAACCCAGAGCAGCAGCUUAAGCAGGAGAAAGCACAAAGGGAUCAGCAGCUAAAGGAACAGCUGGAAGAUGAGAAGAAGCUCUUAGACCAGCAACUGGAUCAAGAGCUAGUCAAGAGAGAUGAGCAACUGGGAACGAAGAAAGAGCAACUGUUGGAGCUCCCAGAGCAGCAGCAGGGGCACCUGAAACACCUGGAGGAGCAGGAGGGGCAGCUGGAGCUCCCAGAGCAGCAGGAGGGACAGCUGAAGCACCUGAAGCAGCAGGAGGGGCAGCUGAAGCACCUGGAGCACCAGGAGGUGCAGCUGGAGCUCCCAGAGCAGCAGGAGGGACAGCUGAAGCAUCUGGAGCAGCAGGAGGGGCAGCUGAAGCAUCUGGAGCACCAGGAGGUGCAGCUGGAGCUCCCAGAGCAGCAGAUGGGGCAGCUGAAGCCCCUGGAGCAGCAGGAGGAGCAGCUGAAGCAUCUGGAGCAGCAGAAGGGACAGCUGGAGCAGCAGAAGGGGCAGCUGGAGCACCUGGAAGAGCAGGAGGAGCAGCCAAAGCACCUGGAGCAGCAGGAGGGGCUGCUGAAGCACCUGGAGCAGCAGGAGGGGCAGCUGGAGCACCUGGAGCAGCAGGAGGGGCAGCUGAAGCACCUAGAGGAGCAGAAGGGGCAGUUGAAGCAUCUGGAGCAGCAGGAGGGGCAACUAGAGCUCCCAGAGCAGCAGGUGGGGCAGCCAAAGCACCUGGAUCAGAAGGAGAAGCAGCUGGAGCUCCCAGAGCAGGAAGAGGGGCAGCUGAAGCACCUGGAGAAGCAGAAGGCACAGCUGGAGUUCCCAGAGCAGCAGGUGGGACAGCCAAAGCACCUGGAGCAACAGGAAAAGCAGCUAGAGCACCCAGAGCAGCAGGAGGGACAACUAAAACAUCUGGAGCAGCAGGAGGGGCAGCUGGAACAGCCCGUGUUUGCCCCAGCUCCAGGCCAGAUCCAAGACAUCCAACCAGCCCUGCCCACAAAGGGAGAAGUAUUUCUUCCUGUAGAGCAGCAGCAGAAGCAGAAGCAGGAGGUGCAAUGGCCACUCAAACAUAAAUAACCACCCGCAGUCCAGAGGCCCUUAGAUCAUAUCAUGCAAGGGAAGAGAGAGCCACUGGCCCACUUAUUUCGGGUCCCCUAGGUGGCCCAUCUCAUCUGUGAACUUGACUCUGUCCCUCUACAUGUCUCUUUAAUGGGGUGGGGGUGGGAGAGAGGUAAUUAUUGUCCAGUGCCACCCCCAAUGAGCCCAAUCCCAAUCUCAGGUGAGCAGAGCCUCUACUUGAGGGACUAUUGUUACUAUAGGAAUCCUUACUUCCCCAGUGUUGAAGCUGAAUCAGUGAGUGUGUACAAUGAUUCAUAAUAAAUCCUGGGAGUCUUGGGAUCCUA